AUGCAAGACGACAGUUUAGAAACUUCAACUUCAAUAUCUCAGCUUCUGAGAGAGAGUUAUUUAGCAGAAACUAAGCGUCAAGGGAAGAGUGAAAGAAGCAGAUCAGAGCCAGUUUCUCAUAAUUUCCAUUAUGGCAAUGCCUCUGGUGAUUCAGAUGAGGUAGCUGCCCAAGAUGAUCUCCCAGAUCUCUCUGCCUUUUUGAGCCAAGAAGAGCUUGAUGAAAGUGUAAACCUGGCAAGACAAGCUAUUGAUCAGAAUCCACUGGAAAUCAAACAGGAUGAGUUUCAGGCACAUUCACAGCGCCCCCCAGACCAGCUGAACAACACAGGAAAACACAAACAAAUGGCCCAGUCUACAGUUCUGAAAACAUCAGACAAUGGCCUGCACUCCAGCUUUUGUCAGGAACAUGUCAGAAAUACAAAGGGGUCCAAAGGGAGCUCUCAAGAUCUAAAGAAACACCACUUCCCUUCUGAAUCAGAAUCCAAAAAGGAAUUCCUAAAUAAGGCGGCAGAUUUCAUUGAGGAGCUCUCGUCACUUUUCAAAGCUCACAACUCUGAAAGAAUACGACCCCGAACAUGCAAAAACUACAAGAGCAAAAUUGAUUCUAAGAACAAGUCUGCUCAAAAAGGUAUUUCUAGCCUGUCUCUCACGUCAGAAAACAGAGAAAGGCUUUCCAUUCCAACACCUCAAGACUCGGAAAACAAAGCAGAGAAAACUUUUCAACAAACAGAUGAUCAACAGGCAGCAACACUGGAAUCUAUGAGUCAAUUAACAAGUGCAGAGCUGAAAACAGAGUCAGAAUCUGCAUCUGUAUAUUCUGAUGAGCCCAUUGGACAACCACCACGCUUUACUCAAAAACUGAAGAGCAGGGAAGUUCCUGAAGGAUCCAAAGUGCAAUUGGACUGCAUUGUGGUAGGAAUCCCAGCACCCGAAGUCAGGUGGUACUGUGAAGGGAAGGAGCUUGAGAACUCACCAGACAUUCAGAUUAUCCAGACAGGCGAUCGCCACUCGCUGAUUAUUGUGGAAGCUUUUGAGGAGGACACAGGGCGUUACUCGUGCUUUGCUUCCAACAUCUAUGGAACAGACUCCACUUCUGCAGAGAUUUACAUAGAAGGCAUCUCUUCUUCUGACUCUGAAGGUGAAAUCACCAAAGACGAAAUGGAUCACAAACCAAAGCCAGCCAGCACCUCUGUGAAUGCAGCAUCUCCUGCUGUCAGAACUGCAACCAAGCAUCAAGAAACCUCCAAGGCCCCAUCAGCUGUGGUCCAGCCUGUGUCUGUACCUGUCCAGACUGUGUCAACACCACCUAACCAGGCUCGAAGCCCCACUAGCUAUUUGCAAGGACUGGAUGGAAGACCUAUAAUUGCUGCUCCUGUAUUUACAAAGAUGUUACAGGAUAUUUCAGCUUCUGAGGGGCAGCUUGUUGUUUUUGAAUGUCGGGUGAAAGGAGCUCCUUCCCCAAAGGUUGAAUGGUAUAGAGAAGGAACACUGAUAGAAGACUCUCCAGAUUUUAGGAUAUUACAGAAAAAACCACGAUCUAUGGCUGAACCAGAGGAGAUUUGUACUCUUGUUAUUGCUGAAGUAUUUUCAGAAGAUUCUGGCAGUUUCACCUGUACUGCAAGCAAUAAAUAUGGCACAGUGUCCAGUAUUGCUCAUCUGACUGUCAAAGCACCUGAAGACAGCAGUAAUGCAGCUGCUCCUCACACGACAAGCUCCAUCGACUUUGUCGCUACUGAGCACCAACCUCCCCCCACCACUCCUUCCAGCCAUGGGGCAAAUCAAACACCCAAACCCAAACUCGAAGGUGUUCUUGUGAACCACAACGAACCCAGGUCCAGUUCCAAGGCAGGGCUCCGUGUCCACUUCAAGCUGCCUGAAGAUGAAAAAGGAAGCGAAUCAUCCUCAGAGGAUGGACCUCGAGCCACAAACCAAAUCAGACCCAACCAUUUCCCAGAGAAGAUAAAUGGACAGCCAAUGAAAAUCCCAGAGCCAACAUCACCAUCCAAGGAACCUCCCCCAGUACUGGCUAAACCAAAGCUUGAUCAGAGCCAGUUAAAACAGCUCCACAACCAGGUCUUGCUUGAACAACAGCAGGUGCAUCAGGCAUCUAUAAGAGAGCUGUCAUUCAACAGCACUUUGGUGAAUUCUGCUACUUCUCUGUACCAGCAGUCCACCUCGACCCUGUACAAGCAAAGCUCAGCCUCUGCUUCGCAAGCCUUGGGCUACAGCCGCCCCACGCAGCUCCUGGCACCACAAACGCCCCCACUGGGCAGCCCCUCUGCCAGCUCCUCAGCCACAUUCAGCAGCAUCCCUCAGGCAACUCAGAGAACAAAUAACAUGGAAAAUUUCAUAGGAAAUCCUCCACCUGCCCCGUCGAGGCCCUCAGGAGGGUUUGCAAGCAGGAGUGAACAGUCUCUAGCAAGCCCUAAGGAACCUGUGGUGCCUCCAGUACCACUUUCUACAUGCAGUGUAAAACAGUUCCAGCCACAGACUGUGACUUCUGCUCCCCUCUCCCCAACCGGCCGGAUCCAGAACCCAGUAGCUUUCCUUAGUGCUGUUCUUCCUUCGCUUCCCACCGCCCCAUCCACCAAUGCCAUGGGACUGCCCAGAAGUACACCAGCCAUCCCAACCCAGGGAUUAACAAAGAAAAACCUGAAGCCUCUGCCAUUAGCGACAGAAGAUUCUAUUCGGGAAAACAAAGUCACGCUUGUAAAGGACCUGGAAAGAAAACUGCAUUUCAGAGAGAAUGCUAAUCAACAAAGUGAUCAGCAGGAAUACAGAAUUUCAAGCUUUGAGCAGAGGUUGAUGAAUGAAAUCGAAUUUCGCCUUGAGCGGACACCAGUGGAUGAAUCAGAUGAUGAAGUCCAACACGAGGAAAUCCCUACAGGCAAAUACAUAGCUCCCAUCUUUGAUAAGAGACUCAAGCAUUUUCGGGUAAUGGAAGGAUCCCCUAUCACAUUCACCUGCAAAAUAGUUGGAAUACCUGUUCCCAAGGUCUACUGGUUCAAGGAUGGCAAGCAGAUUUCAAAGAAAAACACACAUUUCAAAAUGAACAGAGAAGAAGAUGGAACAUGUUCUUUACAUAUUGAAACGGCUACUAAUGAUGAUGAUGGCAACUAUACGAUUAUGGCUGCAAACCCACAAGGGAGGAUCAGUUGUUCAGGACACCUGAUGGUUCAGAGUGUCCCUUUUCGGGGACGAAUAUCAACAACUCAGCCUCACAGAACACGACCCCGGGUGCCAGAAGGAGACAAAGAGGCAGUUCAGGAACGCUUUUUCAGGCCAUACUUCCUACAGGCUCCAGGUGACAUGGUGGCACAUGAAGGGAGACUCUGUAGGUUGGAUUGUAAGGUGAGUGGGUUACCAACUCCAGACCUGACGUGGCUCCUGAAUGGCAAACCCGUGCUCCCAGAUGCCAGACACAAGAUGCUGGUCAGAGAGACUGGAGUGCACUCUCUGCUCAUCGACCCUCUCUCCCAAAGUGAUGCUGGAACUUAUACCUGCCUUGCCAGUAACAAAACAGGACAAAAUUCAUUUAGUCUUGAGCUCACUGUUGUAGCAAAGGAAGUAAAAAGAGCCCCCAUGUUUCUGGAGAAGCUUCAGAACUGUGGUGUUCCAGAAGGCUACCCCGUAAGAUUAGAGUGCAGAGUUGUGGGAAUGCCACCUCCUGUAUUUUACUGGAAGAAAGACAAUGAGACUAUCCCAUCAAACAGAGAGAGGAUGAGCAUGCAUCAAGAUACAACAGGCUAUGUCUGCCUCCUGAUCCAGCCUGCCAAGAAAGCAGAUGCUGGCUGGUAUACCUUGUCUGCAAAGAAUGAAGCUGGCAUUGUUUCCUGCACUGCUCGACUUGACAUAUACGCUCAGUGGCACCGUCAAAUUCCUCAAGCGCUCAAGCUCCGCCCUGGUGGCAGCCGCUACACGAACCUCAGCAGCCAAGGACUCGACAUCUUCUCUGCCUUUCCAGCUCCCGAGAGCCCUAUGCUGUUUGCAUCCCCAACCCAAAAGCUGGUGGAGAGUGAAGAACUUUGA